AAUUAAAUAUGAAUAUGAACACGAACAUGAACAUAUGGAUUAUGAAGUGUAUAAUCAAUUCUUCGACCGAAAUUAAAAAUACUAGUGUCAUUGAUGUUGUGGUUUUGUUAGGUAGAUGGUUCUAUUAUGAAUAUAAUGCCUAAUUACAGGUUUUUCGUCAUCAACAUUAAACUAUAUAAUCUUGAUUAAUAUUUUACAUUUCAGUGGGCAAAGCACCUAAACUAAACAUUUAUAAAUAGCAUAGUUUAAUUUGUGUAAUGACCUAACUCAUAUUAUACAUCCCUUUUUUUAGUAACUCCUCCUAAUUAAGUUCUAAUUACACCAAAAAAAUGGAGCCAAAUCAGUUAGUAAAUACUACCAUGAAGCAUGAAACAACCCAACAUAAAACCAACCCCGACGAAGAGAUGAGCCAACGUCGCAUUGAUCGAUUAGCCAACGACGAAUUUGAGUACAAAAAACAAGCUCAAUGGCUUCGAACCAUGAUCCUAGAAACAAUUGACGGGUUGUUUACUACUACCUCACUUAUGAUGGGUGUUGGUGUGAUCACAAAACAUUAUCAUGUCAAGAGUAUAAUAGUACUUUGUGGGUUAGCGGGCAUCCUUGUUGGGGCUAUUAUCACGGCGGUGGGUGAGUUUCGGUCUAUUAGUAGUAGGAGAAGAGAGGCCGAGAAGGGAUUAGUGCAUCCAUUACAGGGUGCUGUUUCGUCGGCCCUUGUGUUUUCGACGGGGGGCAUGAUCCCUUUGAUGGCCAGGUUGUUUGUCAAGGGUUAUGUUAUAAGGUUUGGCGCGGUGGCAGGGGUGAUGAGUAUGUGUUUCGCGGUGUUUGGGUGGUUGGGGGCGUUUUUGGGUGGUGCAUCUUGGUUUAGGGCUGGUUUGAGGGUUUUAUUGUUUUGUUGGGUGGCUAUGGCUUUUACACUUGAUUUAGUUGUUCCUCAAUGGUAAUUGUUUUAGUUAACAUGUUAGUUGUUCGUUUUCAUAUGCUAUAUCAUUAUAUAUACUCAAUAUAUAGUAUUAUUGAAAUUUAAUAGCAGUAUAUGUUAUUUCGUUAUAAUACAUAUAGUCGAUCACUAUAGCUUGGACACGUGGUGUAACAUCAUGUCCUACCUAGACAAACAAAAUCGAAUAAUAAUUGGUCAUAUCGGUUUUAAAUUUUUAAUGGAUCAAGUUUAAGAUUGAUUAUGAUCCUUAUUU